AUGGAGACAAUGACUACUCUAGUGGGAUGUGGUGAGAGAGGUUUAGUAGAUGGCAAUGGUGAGAAAUCAAAACCAAACGAUUCGUCUUAUCUUCUUCUGAAUGAGUCAACCCAUAAACUUUACUUUACACAGAACCAUUGCAUUCGUAAAGUUCAUCUCCAAAAGUAUUUCCUGUCACUACUAAAGAUAGAUGUAUCAUUGGGUGAAGAUCAGAUGUUUCUUGUAGACAACAAGGAUUUGGCAGAUGUUGUGUUCCAAGUUGAAGGCCAACAGAUCUUUGCUUGUAAAUGUGUUCUAAUUGCUCGCAAUUCUUAUUUUUCUGGUCUCUUCUCAUCUGGUAUGAAGGAAUCCCAAUCUUCACGUGAUGGACACAUGACCACAAUUGCAAUCGAAGAUGCAAGCUAUGAUGCUUUUCGAGCUCUUAUUGUGUAUCUCAUCACAGACAAGGUGAGUGUGGAUCUAAAUGACUGGAAGAUGGCAUGUCAACUCGUCAUUCUUUCUGAUCGCUUUCUAGUUUCUAAACUGAAGAGUUACUGUGAACAGAUUGUGGCAAUACACAUUAGAGUGGAGAACGUAGUCGAAAUUUUGUGUUUGUCAGACACUCACAACACUCCACGGCUGAAAGAACAAGCCAUCACAUUUAUUUGCAAUCUUCUUGAUGUGAUGAGAGAAAGGGCUGAGAUGAAGCAACUCUCAUCUUCUUUAAUCUUAGAAAUUUUUCAACAACUACGACUGUAA